GCAAAAUACUGUGCCGUGCCAUGUUUAAUGUGUGCCAUUUUGACGCCAAGUCGUCGUUUGUGUGUCGUGUCGUGCACGGACGCUCUGCUCUGCCUCCACUAUGAAUUGUUUCGCUUUUACUAUCAGCGUCAUGUUUGUUGUAGUACGCGAUCUGCGCUCGAUUGGUUCCCCCUUGAUUCGCGCUGACUGACAGAAGCACUGAACAUGAAUUGAAUUCGCGUCCGGAGGGCUGGAAAUCACCCGCAUUUUACACAGUUUAGACGCGUCCACCGCAAACAAAAUCGCUCCCCAGGACGGUUCGGGGUCUUCUGGUGCACGUCGACGUCUUUGUAGCAGCUGUGAGGCGUUAAAAUGGUCAGUUUUGUCGAGAGACGGAGCUGCGUGUAGUAAGUGAGCGGGGCUGUUUUGCGCUCUAACUUAUUUCCGUGUGCGCGGAAAAGGAGCAAAGGAGGAAAGACAGAAAAACUUCACAGAAUCGCCCCAGAUCCUGCACCUUCGCAUCUUUUACGGUGGAGGAGAAAUGCUGGGAACGGUGUAGGAAGUCUGGGCUGUUACAACACAGAGGAAAAGAAAAGCAGGACUUUGAUCGUGUCUGCUGGUCAUGAAUCGGUGGUAGAGGAGUAGAAGACACACGGGCGGCCCGAUCCAUCCACCACUUCGGUUAAAGGUACAUCAGAUAAAUGCCGGCGCUGGCGGAAGAGGGUGAGCAGCGGGUGGUCUCCAGACAUUCAGUCUAGCUCAACAUGCCCUCGUCCACGCGGAAAGGAGCGCUGAAGGACCCUGAGCUCUCCAGCCUCUUCUUCAAAGAUGACCCAGAAGAAGUCUUCUGUGACCUCCAUGAGAUCGGCCAUGGGAGCUUCGGCGCGGUUUACUUCGCCCGAAACUCCUACUCCAACGAGGUGGUGGCCAUUAAGAAGAUGUCCUAUAAUGGCAAGCAGACCACGGAGAAGUGGCAGGACAUCAUUAAGGAGGUUAAGUUUUUGGAACAGCUGAGACACCCGAACACCAUCGAGUACAAAGGCUGCUACCUGAAGGACAACACUGCCUGGCUGGUCAUGGAAUACUGUUUAGGCUCAGCCUCUGAUUUGUUAGAAGUUCAUAAGAAACCGCUCCAAGAGGUUGAAAUUGCUGCCAUUACCCACGGUGCCUUGCUAGGACUGGCUUACCUGCAUUCCCACAACAUGAUCCACAGAGAUGUAAAAGCGGGCAACAUCCUCCUUACUGAGCCUGGUCAGGUGAAACUGGCUGACUUUGGCUCCGCCUCCAUGAGCUCUCCUGCCAAUUCUUUUGUUGGGACCCCUUACUGGAUGGCUCCAGAGGUGAUUUUAGCCAUGGAUGAGGGCCAGUAUGAAGGAAAGGUGGACAUCUGGUCUCUGGGGAUUACCUGCAUUGAGCUGGCCGAGCGCAAGCCUCCUCUCUUCAACAUGAAUGCUAUGAGUGCCUUAUAUCACAUUGCUCAGAACGAUUCCCCCACACUGCAGUCCAAUGAGUGGACGGACGCGUUCCGGAGCUUCGUUGACUACUGCCUACUAAAGAUACCUCAGGACAGACCCUCCUCAGCAGAACUACUGAGGCAUGACUUUGUGCGUCGAGACCGCCCCCCACGGGUCCUCGUGGACCUCAUCCAAAGGACGAAAGAUGCCGUCCGGGAGCUGGACAACCUGCAGUACCGGAAGAUGAAGAAAAUUCUCUACCAGGAGAAACACAAUGGACCAAUGGGAGAGUCGCAAGAGGAGGAGGAGGAUGGUGAUCAGGCUGGCUGUAAGGCUAACAGUCUGGGCAGUAAUCACUCAGUGCCGAGUACGUCGGUCAGUACGGGCAGUCAGAGCAGCAGCAUUAACAGCCUGCAGGAGUGUCCUGAAGACUCCUGCUCUGAUAUGGCCCUCAUGCACCCCGAGUACGACAGCACUCUCGAGUCUUCCACACAUAAAAAGGACCAUCAGUAUAUCCGUGACGAUGGGGGUCAUCGAGACCACCGCUCUGACCCUCGGCCUUCACCGUCAGACAGAGCUCAGGCCCGGAACUAUAGGAAUCGCGAACGCUUCGCCACCAUCAAGUCCGCCUCACUGGUGACACGUCAGAUCCAUGAACAUGAGCAGGAGAAUGAGCUCCGAGAGCAGAUGUCUGGCUACAAGCGCAUGAGACGGCAGCACCAGAAGCAGCUGAUCGCUCUGGAGAACAAGCUGAAGGCCGAGAUGGACGAGCACCGGCUGAAGCUCCAGAAAGAAGUGGAGACGCAGGCCAACAAUGCCUACAUCGAGCUGGAGAAGCUGGCCAAGAAGCACGCCAUCCACACAGAUAAGGAGAUGAAGAUGGCUGCAGCAGAUGAGAAGAAGUUCCAGCAGCAGAUCAUGGCCCAGCAGAAGAAGGAGCUGACCACCUUCUUGGACAACCAGAAGAAACAGUAUAAACUCUGCAAGGAGAAGAUCAAAGAGGAGAUGAAUGAGGACCACAGCACCCCGAAGAAGGAGAAGCAGGAGCGCCUGUCCAAGCAUAAGGAGAACAUGCAGCACUCUCAGGCAGAAGAGGAGGCCCAGCUUCUGGGCCAGCAGCGUCUCUUUUAUGACCGCAACUGCAGGGCCUUCAAGCGCAAGGUCAUGACCAAGAGACACGAGCUUGAACAGGAGCAGUUACGAGAGGAGCUGAAUAAGAAGAAGACGCAGAAGGAGAUGGAGCACGCCAUGCUGAUCAGGCAUGACGAGUCGACUCAGGAGCUGGAGCACCGGCAGCUGAAGACCCUGCAGAAGCUGCGCAUGGAUCUGAUCCGCCUGCAGCACCAGACUGAACUGGAGAACCAGAUCGAGUACAACAACCGCCGCGAGAGGGAACUGCACCGAAAACACGUACUGGAGCUGCGGCAACAGCCCAAAAACCUCAAGGCCAUGGAGCUGCAGAUAAAGAAGCAGUUCCAGGACACGUGUAAGGUCCAGACGAAGCAGUACAAGGCCCUGCGGCACCACCAGCUAGAGGUGACCCCCAAGAGCGAACACAAGACCGUGCUGAAGGCGCUGAAGGAGGAGCAGACGCGCAAACUGGCCAUCCUGGCCGAGCAGUACGAGCAGAGCAUCAACGAGAUGAUGGCCUCUCAGGCGCUGCGUCUGGAUGAGGCUCAGGAGGCGGAAUGCCAGGCUCUGCGGCACCAGCUGCAGCAGGAGAUGGAGCUGCUGAACGCCUACCAGAGUAAAAUAAAGAUGCAGACGGAGGCGCAGCACGAGCGAGAGCAGCAGAAGCUCGAGCAGAAAGUGUCACUGCGCAGGGCCCACCUGGAACAAAAGAUCGAAGAGGAGCUGGCUUCUCUUCAGAAGGAGCGCACAGACCGGAUCAAACACCUUCUGGAAAGGCAGGAGAGGGAGAUGGACGCCUUCGACAUGGAGAGCCUGCGCAUGGGCUUCGGAAACCUGGGCGCCUUGGACUACCCUAAAGACGACUACAGAUGAGACCUGACCGAUUAUGCCUAAUUGUUUUUCAUUUUUUUUCUUAUUUUGAGAAGCCCUUCGUCCUCCACUGUUUAAAAGGACACAUGCAGUUUUUUUUUUGUUUUGUUUUUCUACUGACAAACAAACCCUCCACUUUUCCGGACUAGUGCCUGCACAGGCCUUCUUUUGCAACAGGCCCCCUCCUCUUGUCAUAAGAUUACAACA